AUGAGACUGACUAAGAACAUCAACGCCACGAACAUCAGGAAGAGAACGUGGAACUUAGCGGGUCCGUUUGGCAGGUCCCCCUGUAGGGGAACACACACAGACCGGAGAUCUAGAACUGUGUAGGAGAACAGGAGAACUAGAACCACAGAUAGAACCAUGUGAAGCAGUAGACCACCGAAGAACCUCUGCCGUUACACAACAAAGAAUGUCUGACUGUUGACACAGUUUAAUAUGUUACUAUGGUCACAGCAGCAGUAGGUCAUGUGAUCUGACUGUUGACACAGUUUAAUAUGUUACUAUGGUCACAGCAGCAGUAGGUCAUGUGAUCUGACUGUUGACACAGUUUAAUAUGUUACUAUGGUCACAGCAGCAGUAGGUCAUGUGAUCUGACUGUUGACACAGUUUAAUAUGUUACUAUGGUCACAGCAGCAGCAGGUCAUGUGAUCUGACUGUUGACACAGUUUAAUAUGUUACUAUGGUCACAGCAGCAGUAGGUCAUGUGAUCUGACUGUUGACACAGUUUAAUAUGUUACUAUGGUCACAGCAGCAGUAGGUCAUGUGAUCUGACUGUUGACACAGUUUAAUAUGUUACUAUGGUCACAGCAGCAGCAGGUCAUGUGAUCUGACUGUUGACACAGUUUAAUAUGUUGCUAUGGUCACAGCAGCAGUAGGUCAUGUGAUCUGACUGUUGACACAGUUUAAUAUGUUACUAUGGUCACAGCAGCAGUAGGUCAUGUGAUCUGACUGUUGACACAGUUUAAUAUGUUACUAUGGUCACAGCAGCAGUAGGUCAUGUGAUCUGACUGUUGACACAGUUUAAUAUGUUACUAUGGUCACAGCAGCAGUAGGUCAUGUGAUCUGACUGUUGACACAGUUUAAUAUGUUACUAUGGUCACAGCAGCAGUAGGUCAUGUGAUCUGACUGUUGACACAGUUUAAUAUGUUACUAUGGUCACAGCAGCAGUAGGUCAUGUGAUCUGACUGUUGACACAGUUUAAUAUGUUACUAUGGUCACAGCAGCAGUAGGUCAUGUGAUCUGACUGUUGACACAGUUUAAUAUGUUACUAUGGUCACAGCAGCAGUAGGUCAUGUGAUCUGACUGUUGACACAGUUUAAUAUGUUACUAUGGUCACAGCAGCAGGUCAUGUGAUCUGACUGUUGACACAGUUUAAUAUGUUACUAUGGUCACAGCAGCAGCAGGUCAUGUGAUCUGACUGUUGACACAGUUUAAUAUGUUACUAUGGUCACAGCAGCAGUAGGUCAUGUGAUCUGACUGUUGACACAGUUUAAUAUGUUGCUAUGGUCACAGCAGCAGCAGGUCAUGUGAUCUGACUGUUGACACAGUUUAAUAUGUUACUAUGGUCACAGCAGCAGUAGGUCAUGUGAUCUGACUGUUGACACAGUUUAAUAUGUUACUAUGGUCACAGCAGCAGUAGGUCAUGUGAUCUGACUGUUGACACAGUUUAAUAUGUUACUAUGGUCACAGCAGCAGCAGGUCAUGUGAUCUGACUGUUGACACAGUUUAAUAUGUUACUAUGGUCACAGCAGCAGCAGGUCAUGUGAUCUGACUGUUGACACAGUUUAAUAUGUUACUAUGGUCACAGCAGCAGUAGGUCAUGUGAUCUGACUGUUGACACAGCUUACAUCAAUAUGUUGCUAUGGUCACAGCAGCAGUAGGUCAUGUGAUCUGACUGUUGACACAGUUUAAUAUGUUACUAUGGUCACAGCAGCAGUAGGUCAUGUGAUCUGACUGUUGACACAGUUUAAUAUGUUGCUAUGGUCACAGCAGCAGUAGGUCAUGUGAUCUGACUGUUGACACAGUUUAAUAUGUUGCUAUGGUCACAGCAGCAGUAGGUCAUGUGAUCUGACUGUUGACACAGUUUAAUAUGUUACUAUGGUCACAGCAGCAGUAGGUCAUGUGAUCUGACUGUUGACACUGUUUAAUAUGUUACUAUGGUCACAGCAGCAGGUCAUGUGAUCUGACUGUUGACACAGCUUACAUCAAUAUGUUACUAUGGUCACAGCAGCAGCAGGUCAUGUGAUCUGACUGUUGACACAGUUUAAUAUGUUACUAUGGUCACAGCAGCAGUAGGUCAUGUGAUCUGACUGUUGACACAGUUUAAUAUGUUACUAUGGUCACAGCAGCAGUAGGUCAUGUGAUCUGACUGUUGACACAGUUUAAUAUGUUGCUAUGGUCACAGCAGCAGUAGGUCAUGUGAUCUGACUGUUGACACAGUUUAAUAUGUUACUAUGGUCACAGCAGCAGUAGGUCAUGUGAUCUGACUGUUGACACAGUUUAAUAUGUUGCUAUGGUCACAGCAGCAGUAGGUCAUGUGAUCUGACUGUUGACACAGUUUAAUAUGUUACUAUGGUCACAGCAGCAGCAGGUCAUGUGAUCUGACUGUUGACACAGUUUAAUAUGUUACUAUGGUCACAGCAGCAGUAGGUCAUGUGAUCUGACUGUUGACACAGUUUAAUAUGUUACUAUGGUCACAGCAGCAGUAGGUCAUGUGAUCUGACUGUUGACACAGUUUAAUAUGUUACUAUGGUCACAGCAGCAGUAGGUCAUGUGAUCUGACUGUUGACACAGUUUAAUAUGUUACUAUGGUCACAGCAGCAGCAGGUCAUGUGAUCUGACUGUUGACAUAGUUUAAUAUGUUACUAUGGUCACAGCAGCAGUAGGUCAUGUGAUCUGACUGUUGACACAGCUUACAUCAAUAUGUUACUAUGGUCACAGCAGCAGUAGGUCAUGUGAUCUGACUGUUGACACAGUUUAAUAUGUUACUAUGGUCACAGCAGCAGGUCAUGUGAUCUGACUGUUGACACAGCUUACAUCAAUAUGUUACUAUGGUCACAGCAGCAGCAGGUCAUGUGAUCUGACUGUUGACACAGUUUAAUAUGUUACUAUGGUCACAGCAGCAGUAGGUCAUGUGAUCUGACUGUUGACACAGUUUAAUAUGUUACUAUGGUCACAGCAGCAGUAGGUCAUGUGAUCUGACUGUUGACACAGUUUAAUAUGUUACUAUGGUCACAGCAGCAGCAGUAGGUUAUGUGAUCUGACUGUUGACACAGUUUAAUAUGUUACUAUGGUCACAGCAGCAGGUCAUGUGAUCUGACUGUUGACACAGCUUACAUCAAUAUGUUACUAUGGUCACAGCAGCAGUAGGUCAUGUGAUCUGACUGUUGACACAGUUUAAUAUGUUACUAUGGUCACAGCAGCAGUAGGUCAUGUGAUCUGACUGUUGACACAGUUUAAUAUGUUACUAUGGUCACAGCAGCAGUAGGUCAUGUGAUCUGACUGUUGACACAGUUUAAUAUGUUGCUAUGGUCACAGCAGCAGCAGGUCAUGUGAUCUGACUGUUGACACAGUUUAAUAUGUUGCUAUGGUCACAGCAGCAGUAGGUCAUGUGAUCUGACUGUUGACACAGCUUACAUCAAUAUGUUGCUAUGGUCACAGCAGCAGUAGGUCAUGUGAUCUGACUGUUGACACAGUUUAAUAUGUUGCUAUGGUCACAGCAGCAGUAGGUCAUGUGAUCUGACUGUUGACACAGUUUAAUAUGUUACUAUGGUCACAGCAGCAGUAGGUCAUGUGAUCUGACUGUUGACACAGUUUAAUAUGUUGCUAUGGUCACAGCAGCAGUAGGUCAUGUGAUCUGACUGUUGACACAGUUUAAUAUGUUACUAUGGUCACAGCAGCAGUAGGUCAUGUGACUAGGGCUCUAUUCUGGUCUAAAGUAGUGCACUAUAUAGGGAAUAGGGUGCCAUUCUCUGGUCUAAAGUAGUGCACUAUAUAGGGAAUAGGGUGCCAUUCUCUGGUCUAAAGUAGUGCACUAUAUAGGGAAUAGGGUGCCAUUCUCUGGUCUAAAGUAGUGCUCUAUAUAGGGAAUAGGGUGCCAUUCUCUGGUCUAAAGUAGUGCACUAUAUAGGGAAUAGGGUGCCAUUUGAGAUCCCUAAGCUGUGAUGUAAAUCGUCCAUCACCACUCACCACCCAGAAGUUGAUGAAGUAUCUGAAGACGGAGGCACUGAUGAACACACAGUAGACCAUGGAGUAGGACAGGAAGAGGAGGAAGAACUUGUAGUUAGAGAACCCCACACAGUUAUUCACCCUGAAGAGAGAGAGAGACACAGUUAUUCACCCUGAAGAGAGAGAGAGAGAGAGAGAGAGAGAGAGAGAGAGAGAGAGAGAGAGAGAGAGACAGAGAGAGAGAGAGAGAGAGAGAGAGACAGAGAGAGAGAGAGAGAGUUAUUUACCCUGAAGAGAGAGAGAGAGAGAGAGAGAGAGAGAGAGAGAGAGAGAGAGAGAGAGAGAGACAGUUAUUCACCCUGAAGAGAGAGAGAGAGAAAAUUUGAAAACAAACCCAAUUUUGAUAAACUCCCUUAUCUACUGGGUGAAAAACCACAGUGUGCCAUCACAGCUACAAGAUUUGUGACCUGUUGCCACAAGAAAAGGGCAACCAGUGAAGAACAAACACAUUUUGUAAAUACAACCCAUAUUUAUGUUUAUUUAUUUUCCCAUUUGUACUUUAACUAUUUGCACAUCGUUACAACACUGUAUAUAGACAUAAUAUGACAUUUGAAAUGUCUCUUAUUUUGGAACUUCUGAGACAACAUGAAAUUAGUAUCAGUUAGCAGGUGGAACAUUCAGAGCCUAAACUCAUCAACCUUUGGACUGAAGAGUUUAGCAAAAAAAAUUUAAAUUAAAGAUGUUGACGUCAUCAUUCCGCAGGAGACAUGGUAUAAGGCAGACAUUGUCACUCACGGUCCCACAGGCUACAGAGAGGUAAUUGUGUCGUCACAGAAACACAGCUCUGUCAAUAGAGGCAGAGACUCUGGAGGAUUGAUCAUUUGGUACAAAUCCGAACAACAAAAUCAAAUUGAUCCCCUCAAAAUUGGUCAUUUAUCACAUUUGGUUAAAACUGAAAAAAUAAUUUGUAUUGACAGAAAAAUGUGUGUUCCUUUGCGCAAUAUAUAUCCCCCCCCCCGGUCAGAAUCCCCAUAUUACUCAGAGGAGAUAUUCCCCAGCCUUGAGGAAGAGACGUGCCAUUUCCAGGCCCAGGGAAAUGUGCUCAUCUGUGGGGACACAAAUACACUGACAGGAACACUACCUGAUCUAACGACCACACGAGGGGACAGCUUCAUUACAGGCCAUACUGUAUCUAACUGUCUUAAUCUCCCCCAUAGAAACAACAGUGACAGCACCAUCAACAGAAACGGAAGGGAUCUGUUGCGGCUCUGUCGAAGCCUGGGUCUGUACUUUGUCAGUGGUAGGUUACGGGGGACUCUUUGGGGAGAUUCCCCUAUUGCUCACCUCUUGGCCACAGCACAGUAGACUAUAUGAUUACAGACAUUGACCCUUUCUCUCUCAGCUCAUUCACCGUCAAGCCACUAACACCUCUGUCUGAUCACAGACAACAUGGAAACAGCCCAGUGAGCUGCACAACAUCAGAACUUCAUACAGAUGGGCCCAAAACAGCACAGAAGAAUACCCAGAAAGCAACCAGUAACCAAAAUAUCCAAACACUUUUAGAUAACUUUCUGGAUACCACAUACCAUUCAUAAUCUUGAAUUACACCUUUAUUACUAUGAGACUUUAAAACUCUAUAAACGUAGACUCAGAACCAAAAAAACCAACAACAGCAAGCAUCAGAACCAACCAGCCCAGUCCUACAGCAAGCAGCAGAACCAACCAGCCCAGUCCUACAGCAAGCAGCUGAACCAACCAGCCCGGUCCAACAGCAAGCAGCUGAACCAACCAGCCCAGUCCAACAGCACGCAGCUGAACCAACCAGCCCAGUCCAACAGCACGCAGCUGAACCAACCAGCCCAGUCCAACAGCAAGCGGCUGACACUAAUUGAGGAGUCCAUAAACACAAACAACUUCUGGCAAAAUUGGUAACCCCCCCCAAAAAAUCGAAACUAUAGGAAUUAGCGAUACAAAAUGGUGACAUAUGGACAGCCCAUUUUAAAACACUCUACAACACCGUUCAAAUUGACACAAACGCAGAACAAUGACAAAUUCAUGAGAAGUUGAAUGGAUUAGAAAAAGCUAUAAAAGGGACAUCCAUUGGACUCUCCAAUUACUGACACAGAGCUCUUUAAGAAACUUCAGGCCCUCAAAUUUAAAAAAAAGCAUGUGGACCUGAUGUCAUCCUAAAUGAGAUGCUCAAAUUCACUAGUGCAAAAUGUCAAUUGGCUAUAUUAAAACUGUUUAAUUUGAUCCUGAGUGUAGGUUAUUUUCCUGACAUCUGGAAUCAAGGACUCAUAACCCCAAUCUUUAAGAACGGAGACAAAUUUGACCCUAACAAUUCCAGAGCCAUUUGUGUGAACAGUAACCUGGGGAAGGUUUUCUGUAGUAUUAUACAUGCAAGAGUUCUAAACUUCUUUAAUAAGCACAAUGUCUUGAGUAAAAGCCAAAUUGAAUUUAUACCAAAACAUCACACGACCGAUCCUAUUUACACCCUACACACCCUGAUAGAUAAACAUGUCCACCAAAAUAAUACCAAAAUGUACGCUUGCUUUAUCGACUUCCAAAAAGCACUUGAUUCUAUUUGGCAUACAGGAAUGUUCUACAAAGUUAUUGAGAGUGGUGUAGGGGGAAAAACAUAUGACAUAAUUAAAUUAAAUACAUGCAGUAUCAAAAUUGGCAAGAAAAUAACAGAAUUCUUUAACCAGGGGCGGGGCCUUCGCCAGGGUUGUAAUCUGAGCCCUGCACUCUUCAAUAUUUACAUCAACGAAUUGGCCACUGUUCUAGAAAAAUCCUCAGCCCCUGGUGUUAGUCUCCACAAUUCAGAGGUUAAAUGCCUGCUCUUGGCAGAUGACCUAUGCCUGCUGUCACCCACAGCACAUGGCCUACAGCAGAGCCUGGACCUGCUAGAGCAGUACUGACAGACCUGGGCCCUGGCAGUAAACCCACAGCACAUGGCCUACAGCCGAGCCUGGACCUGCUAGAGCAGUACUGACAGACCUGGGCCCUGGCAGUAAACCCCCAAAAAGACUCAAAUAAUGAUUUUCCAGAGAAGAUCUCAGGGAAUUAGACCAAAGUUCUCAAUCGGUACAAAAUACACUAUAAUUCCUUAGGUUUAAAUAUAUAGAGUACAGCACACACUACAAUAAGCUCAACUGGACACCUUAAUGAGGCAGUGAAUGAACAGAGAGAACGCAUGCAGGGCCUUCUACGCAAUUAAAAAACUAAUUAAAAUACCUAUUCAAAUCUGCCUAAAAACUAAUUGAAUGUGUCACUGAUUGCACUUUAUGGCAGUGAGGUGUGGGGUCCAUUUGCAAAACAAGAUUUCACCAAAUGGGACAAACACCCCAUUGAAACCCUGCAUGCAGAGUUCUGGAAGAUUCUCCUACAUGUCCAGAGGAAAACUACAAACAAUGCAUGCUGGGCAGAAUUAGGCCAAUGUCCACUAAUAAUAAAAACUAAAAAAAUAGCAAUUAAGUUUUGUAAACAUCUAAAAUACAGUGACCCCCUCUCAUAUCAUUACCAAGCCCUGCAAUGCCAAGAGCUGAGCAAAGAAAAGAGUCCCCUCAUCCAGCUGGUCCUGGGGCUGAGUUCACAAACCUGUUCUACUAACACACUGAAGCCUCAGGACCAGAACAUCCAAUCAAUCAGAAUAAACCAAAUUACAACAAUUACAAAACUACAUUACUUAUUGGGAAACACAAGCACAAGCAAAAUGCAGUGCUAUCUGGCCCUACAUCGACAGUACACCGUGGCAAACUAUCUGACCAUGGUUACUGAUCAAAACCUUAGAAAAACCUUGACAAAGUACAGGCUCAGUGAGCACAGCCUUUCCAUUGAGAAGGGUAGACACAUGAAAACCUGGCUCCCUGUGGAGGAAAGGCUGUGCAACCACUGCACCACAGCAGAACCUGAGACAGAGCUGCAUUUCCUGACAAAAUGUCAACAUUAUAAAACUAUUAGAGAGUCAUUUCCCCAAAUAUGAAACCCUUAUUCAAGGUUUCAAAGACCUCUCUGAUGAGGACAGGCUACCCUUCCUGUUGGGGGAGGACGCAGGCUACCCGUCCUGUUGGGGGAGGACUCAGGCUACCCGUCCUGUUGGGGGAGGACUCAGGCUACCCGUCCUGUUGGGGGAGGACUCAAGCUACCCGUCCUGUUGGGGGAGGACGCAGGCUACCCGUCCUGUUGGGGGAGGUCUCAGGCUACCCGUCCUGUUGGGGGAGGACUCAGGCUACCCGUCCUGUUGGGGGAGGACGCAGGCUACCCGUCCUGUUGGGGGAGGACUCAAGCUACCCGUCCUGUUGGGGGAGGACACAGGCUACCCGUCCUGUUGGGGGAGGACUCAGGCUACCCGUCCUGUUGGGGGAGGACUCAGGCUACCCGUCCUGUUGGGGGAGGAGGCAGGCUACCCGUCCUGUUGGGGGAGGACGCAGGCUACCCGUCCUGUUGGGGGAGGACGCAGGCUACCCAUCCUGUUGGGGGAGGACGCAGGCUACCCGUCCUGUUGGGGGAGGACUCAGGCUACCCGUCCUGUUGGGGGAGGACGCAGAGAGCUGUGGGUUGGCAGCGCACUACAUUGCUGCCUGCCAUAAGAUGAGGGACAGUGUCUGACAGACAAACCAACCUGCACAUGUCCUCUAUGUUGUUAUUGUUCAAUGGUUAUUUUGACCCUUGAUUAUUGUUGUUACGGAUUGUCCCGUUGACAAUAUUGAUAAUUAUAAUUUUAAUUAUGUUAAUAUUGUAAAUGUAUCACUUCAUCUCCAAAGUACGCUUUGGCAAUAUGUACAUUGUUACGUCAUGCCAAUAAAGGAAAUUGAAUUGAUACACAGUUAUUCAACCUGCUGAGAAAGAGACAGACAGAGAGCGUGCGAGAGAGAGAGAUACGCAGUUAUUCACCCUGGAGAGAGAGAGAGAGAGAGGGAGAGUGAGAGAAAGAGAGAGAGAUACGCAGUUAUUCACCCUGGAGAGAGAGAGAGAGAGAGGGAGAGAGUGAGAGAAAGAGAGAGAGAGAGAGAAAGAGAGAGAGACAGAGAGAGAGAGAGGGAGAGUGAGAGAAAGAGAGAGAGAGAGAGAGUGAGAGAAAGAGAGAGAGAGAGAGAAAGAGAGAGAGACAGAGAGUGAGAGAAAGAGAGAGAGAGAGAGAUGCACAGUUAUUCACCCUGGAUAGAGAGAGACAGACAGACACAGUAGCAUCAGGAUCAAAUGAAAGACGUAAUUUAUUUACUUACUAAAUGUUAUUACAAAAUGUACGUAUUUACAGCUAAUACAUAAUGAACAGACAGUAUUAACCACCCACCAUGGACAGUGAUGAUCCAUCUUCAGGACACACCUGCAACAGACAACACAGAUCACUAGACUGGUGUAAAGGAAGCAACUACCAUUAGAACACAUUCAACCAUUCUUACAUCAACAUAAAAGGUGUGCAACUUUUUUAUUUACUUUGAGAAAACUGUAAAGAGAUUAAUUUUGGGGUUGAAAUGUCUGUCUAUACACCAUUGCAGUAAACAUGUCCGAUUUCAGUAUUUCCACGGCCCAUUCAUCAGUCAGGCCCCCAGGGAAGGAAGGGCCUAGUAGUUGGCCAGAGUUUAGUCAUCAUCAUUAACAGGACAGCUGUUGUUCUCCAGGUAAACAAGAGAUCCUAAUGCUGUCCAAUCAGAGGUGGACUGGUGUCACCUUUCUAAUGCUGUCCAAUCAGAGGUGGACUGGUGUCACCUUUCUAAUGCUGUCCAAUCAGAGGUGGACUGGUGUCACCUUUCUAAUGCUGUCCAAUCAGAGGUGGACUGGUGUCACCUUUCUAAUGCUGUCCAAUCAGAGGUGGACUGGUGUCACCUUUCUAAUGCUGUCCAAUCAGAGGUGGACUGGUGUCACCUUUCUAAUGCUGUCCAAUCAGAGGUGGACUGGUAUCACCUUCCUAAUGCUGUCCAAUCAGAGGUUCAAUCAGAGGUGGACUGGUGUCACCUUCCUAAUGCUGUCCAAUCAGAGGUGGACUGGUGUCACCUUUCUAAUGCUGUCCAAUCAGAGGUGGACUGGUGUCACCUUUCUAAUGCUGUCCAAUCAGAGGUGGACUGCUGUCACCUUUCUAAUGCUGUCCAAUCAGAGGUGGACUGGUGUCACCUUUCUAAUGCUGUCCAAUCAGAGGUGGACUGGUGUCACAUUUCUAAUGCUGUCCAAUCAGAGGUGGACUGGUGUCACCUUUCUAAUGCUGUCCAAUCAGAGGUGGACUGGUGUCACCUUCCUAAUGCUGUCCAAUCAGAGGUUCAAUCAGAGGUGGACUGGUGUCACCUUUCUAAUGCUGUCCAAUCAGAGGUGGACUGGUGUCACCUUUCUAAUGCUGUCCAAUCAGAGGUGGACUGGUGUCACCUUUCUAAUGCUGUCCAAUCAGAGGUGGACUGGUGUCACCUUCCUAAUGCUGUCCAAUCAGAGGUGGACUGGUGUGACCUUCCUAAUGCUGUCCAAUCAGAUCAGUGUUACCUGUCCACAGACAGGGAGACAGGUAUGGGUCUGUGUGACAGAGCAGGGGAGGAGACUUACGUUUCACAGACAGAGCAGUGGUGACUGCGGUCAGGCUUCAGCACCUGGCAUCGGUCACAGAACCUGAUAGCUGAGGGGACACACACACACACACACACACACACACACACACACACACACACACACACACACACACACAACACAACACAACACACACACAACACAACACAACACAACACACACAACACAACACAACCACACACACACACACACACACACACACACACACAACACACACACAACACACACACACACAACACACAACACACACAACACACACACACACACACACACACACACACACACAACACAACACACACACACACAACACACACACACGAGAAGCCAUAUGAUCCUCCACUUCCCUUAUCUUAUCUUACAGACACUUCGAGGCUGGAGGAUAUUAGGUUGUAGAUGACAAACUGAUGGGUAACAGUACGUCAUGUUUGAUCUGUUUGCUAACAGGACUGGAGAAGAUAGGGUGCGUCCCAUUGACACUAUAUUCAUUAUGUAGUGCACUACAAAGGGUGCCAUUUGGGACGCUGCUCUGGAUAUGAGUGGUUCACCUCCAGACGUAGCUCUAGUGAAGAUGGGGAGUCUCUUCGCGAUGUCCACCAGGAUCUGUUUCUGACCAUCAGGCCUCUCCUCCCUCUCAUAACGCUCCUUAUCAGAGUACGACAGAUGGAACUGGAACCAACAACCACAUGUUAGAAUGCUCUACCACUGCUUAUAAGCAUGUAUGAGCCUUGAUGAAGCAUGUAUGAGCCUUGAUGAAGCAUGUAUGAGCCUUGAUGAAGCAUGUAUGAGCCUUGAUCAAGCAUGUAUGAGCCUUGAUCAAGCAUGUAUGAGCCUUGAUCAAGCAUGUAUGAGCCUUGAUCAAGCAUGUAUGAGCCUUGAUCAAGCAUGUAUGAGCCUUGAUCAAGCAUGUAUGAGCAUCUCCUCUCUCUCAUAACGCUCCUUAUCUGAAUACAACAGCUGGAACUUGAACCAUUCACAAGCUGAUAACACAGGGCUUUGAAUCACCUCAUGAUUAUGAGCACAACGUUCUAUGGUUAUUAUAGACAACAUUAUAUUCAAAAGCUUUCAGCAACAUAAAAAGCGAAGGGAUUACGUUAGUCAACAGGGAUCAUGCUCUAUUAGGCUGCUUGUUAUAGGCUAAGCAUGUACUGUAUAUAGCCUUUUUCACACUGUCAGUUUGAAGUGACUGAAAUCCAAAUAUUUUGCAUAUCCGAUUUCAAAUCUGUACUUUUUCCUGCAGUCCGAACAGCCAAAGAGCACAUGGAAUCAGAUAUUUAAAGCAACAUUGCAACUUGUCUGAACGGUCAAAUCUGAUUUAUUUGCCCUCAAGUGGUUUUUAGACUGUUAUUUGGCAUAUCUUGUUGCUUGCUAGCUACUCUGUUGACAGUUUGACAAGAACAUGUGGUAGCCAACUAGCUUGUUAAUUAGUGAAUGUGCUAGAAAGCUAACCAGCUACCUAGCUAGCUAAUUGACUGCUGUGGCUAGACAAAAAUGACUCGUUUUGAAAGUUGGGAUCAUCUCAUCCUUUGAGGCUUUAAAAAUGUCCUUACACUAUGAUUUUGAACAUUCAAAGCAACUGGGAAACGUCCAUGGCAGGCAUUGUUGUCACCUUAGCUUGCUACAUAACUUCUGAGUGACGGGAAGCACACUACGAGCACCACCGAUCAGCCUACACCACUGCCCCCAACACCCGUCGUUACUAUGACAACUUGUGUAGCCAAGUCAGCAAAUGACCCGCUGUCUGAACACACACAAAUUCAAGUCACUUUGUAACUUGCUGUUUGGACAGUCAGUAUUCCAAAACGGAUUUGAAAAAUAAAACUCAUUAAAUCAUUAAGGCCCCGCAGUCCUACCUUCUUACAGGGUGAAGCAGGAGGAGUGAAGAUGGCCUUCCAAUAGGUCCAGGAGAACAUCACAAAACACACAUGGAACACCAGCAGGUAGGCCACUGGAAACGCAGACAGGUGCAACACUUAGGGAACUACGCCUAUCAAGCUGAUAUUCACGUGUCUACAAGAUGUCAGAUGACUAAUCUGACCACGGAUGAAAGCCUAUGUGUUAAAAACUCACCCUUCUCCAAUGUGUUGCUGAUAGUGACUGUAAAGAACACACAUUAUUAUGAAUUAUUGACAAUUGUUAUGAAUUAUUGACAUGAAAACAGCUGAUGUAGCAAAGCUAUUUGGUUGCUGAGGCUGCUCACACUGGGGUGUGAAGACAGUGACUGACACAUAUCUGUUGUUGGCCAACAAAACACCAUGUUACAGUCUGACAGUUUAGACAGUGAUUACUUCACACCUGUAGUUACAGUAGCUAGCUAGCUAAUAUACUGUCUUAUCACAACAUAGGUAGCUAGCUAGCUAGCUACAUUUUGUAACGUUAAUUACCUUUAAAUAUAUAGCUAGCUAUGUUUUUAUUUAUUUGUUAGAUUUGGUAGGUAAAUGUAACACCAGUAUAAUUCGUUAUCAAAUGGAAUUGGGGGGAAAAAAACAGUACAAUAUGAUCAUACUAGCUAGAUUUGUUAAGAAAGGCUCCAUUCUGAAAAACCCCCACUUCCUGGUUAGCAUGAUGCUAGAUUUGGCUAGCAGGUUUAAAGGGCAUUUUGCAUUGGAGCUUCAGUGUCAGUAACGUUAGCUAGCUACCAUCGCGGACAAUACGACGAAAACAUAACAGACAAACAUUCAUAAUUCCCAUACUUACAUAAACAUAGCUCAAAUACAUAGGCGUAGUAGGACCACAGGACCACGGAGGUGAUUAUGAGGACAGGUAUCCAGGAAAACACACGGGCACAGCAUCUCAGACCUCGGGAAAGAGCCAUUAUCCAUCUCCGACUAAACAGGCUCCACAAUCAUAUUCUCUACGCUCCACUACGCAGCCUGGGAGGUGACUACCGGUAUAUAAAUCUGCGAUCGAUUAAUGCGUUGACCGUGCCACAGAUAAAGCAAUGAUAUAUACAAAUAUUUGACUGUGCUGUCGAAAUGGUUAGUGCUAUCUGUAAUCCUUGGGACCCUAGCCUUGACCUUAACCCUUACCCUAACCUUAACCAUAACCCUUACCUGCUAUCUAGUGAUAAACCAAGUCACUGGGGGACCAAGCUGCUAUCUAGUGACAAACCAAGUCACUGGGGGACCAAGCUGCUAUUUAGUGACAAACCAAGUCACUGGGGGCCCCCUGCUAUCUAGUGACAAACCAAAUCACUGGGGGCCCCCAGCUAUCUAGUGACAAACCAAGUCAAUAGGGAACCAAGCUGCUAUCUAGUGACAAAUCAAGUCACUGGGGGACCAAGCUGCUAUUUAGUGACAAACCAAGUCACUGGGGGCCCCCAGCUAUCUAGUGACAAACCAAGUCACUGGGGGACCAGGCUGCUAUCUAGUGACAAACCAAGUCAAUAGGGAACCAAGCUGCUAUCUAGUGUCAAACCAGGUCACUGUGGGACCAAGCUGCUAUUUAGUGACAAACCAAGUCACUGGGGGACCAGGCUGCUAUCUAGUGACAAACCAAAUCACUGGUGGACCAAGAUGCUAUCUAGUGACAAACCAAGUCACUUGGGGACACCUGCUAACUGGUGACAAACCAAGUCACUGGGGGACCAAGCUGCUAUCUAGUGACAAACCAAGUCAAUGGGGGACCAGGCUGCUAUCUAGUGACAAACCAAGUCACUGGGGGCCCCCUGCUAUCUAGUGACAAACCAAGUCAAUGGGGGACCAGGCUGCUAUCUAGUGACAAACCAAGUCACUGGGGGCCCCCUGCUAUCUAGUGACAAACCAAGUCACUGGGGGAUUAGAUUUAGAUUACAUUUUAGUCAUUUAGCAGACGCUCUUAUCCAGAGCGACUUACAGUUAGUGAAUCAUUAUUUUUAUUUGUUUUUUCAUACUGGCCCCCCGUGGGAAUCCAACCCACAACCCUACCAACUGAGCUACAUCCCUGCCGGCCAUUCCCUCCCCUACCCUGGGCCAAUUGUACGCUGCCCCAUGGGUCUCCCGGUCACGGCCGGCUACAACAGAGCCUGGAUUCGAACCGGGAUCUCUAGUGGCACAGUUAGCACUGCGAUGCAGCGCCUUAGACCACUGGGCCACUCGGGAGUACCCCGAACACUAUCUAGUGACAAACCAAGUCAAUGGGGCACCAGCCUGCUAUCUAGUGACAAACCAAGUCACUGUGGGACCAAGAUGCUAUCUAGUGACAAACCAAGUCACUGGGGGACCAGGCUGCUAUCUAGUGACAAACCAAGCCACUGUGGGACCAGGCUGCUAUCUAGUGACAAACCAAAUAACUGUGGGACCAUGAUGCUAUCUAGUAACAAACCAGGUCACUGUGGGACCAAGCUGCUAUCUAGUAACAAACCAAGUCACUGGGGGCUCCCUGCUAUUUAGUAACAAACCAGGUCACUGUGGGACCAAGCUGCUAUCUAGUAACAAACCAAGUCACUGGGGGCUCCCUGCUAUUUAGUGACAAACCAAGUCAAUGGGGGACCAGGCUGCUAUCUAGUGACAAACGAAGUCAAUGGGGGACCAGGCUGCUAUCUAGUGACAAAUCAAGUCAAUGGGGGACCAGACUGCUAUCUAGUGACAAACCAAAUAACUGUCGGACCAAGAUGCUAUCUAGUAACAAACCAAGUCACUGGGGGACCAGGCUGCUAUAUAGUGACAAACCAAGUCAAUGGGGGACCAGGCUGCUAUCUAGUGACAAGCCAAGUCAAUGGGGGACCAGCCUGCUAUCUAGUGACAAACCAAGUCACUGGGGGACAGGGCUGCUAUCUAGUGACAAAUCAAGUCACUGGGGGACCAGGCUGCUAUCUAGUAACAAACCAAGUCACUGGGGCUCCCUGCUAUUUAGUGUCAAACCAAGUCACUGUGGGACCAGGCUGCUAUCUAGUGACAAACCAAAUAACUGUGGGACCAAGAUGCUAUCUAGUAAAAACCAAGUCAAUGGGGGACCAGGCUGCUAUCUAGUGACAAACCAAGUCAAUGGGGGACCAGCCAGCUAUCUAGUGACAAACCAAAUAACUGUCGGACCAAGAUGCUAUCUAGUAACAAACCAAGUCAAUGGGGGACCAGGCUGCUAUUUAGUAACAAACCAGGUCACUGUGGGACCAAGCUGCUAUCUAGUAACAAACCAAGUCACUGGGGGCUCCCUGCUAUUUAGUGACAAACCAAGUCAAUGGGGGACCAGGCUGCUAUCUAGUGACAAACCAAGUCAAUGGGGGACCAGGCUGCUAUCUAGUGACAAAUCAAGUCAAUGGGGGACCAGACUGCUAUCUAGUGACAAACCAAAUAACUGUCGGACCAAGAUGCUAUCUAGUAACAAACCAAGUCACUGGGGGACCAGGCUGCUAUCUAGUGACAAACCAAGUCAAUGGGGGACCAGGCUGCUAUCUAGUGACAAACCAAGUCAAUGGGGGACCAGCCUGCUAUCUAGUGACAAACCAAGUCACUGGGGGACCAGGCUGCUAUCUAGUGACAAACCAAGUCAAUGGGGGACCAGGCUGCUAUCUAGUGACAAGCCAAGUCAAUGGGGGACCAGCCUGCUAUCUAGUGACAAACCAAGUCACUGGGGGACAGGGCUGCUAUCUAAUGACAAAUCAAGUCACUGGGGGACCAGGCUGCUAUCUAGUAACACACCAAGUCACUGGGGCUCCCUGCUAUUUAGUGUCAAACCAAGUCACUGUGGGACCAGGCUGCUAUCUAGUGACAAACCAAGUCACUGUGGGACCAAGAUGCUAUCUAGUGACAAACCAAGUCACUGGGGGACCAGGCUGCUAUCUAGUGACAAACCAAGCCACUGUGGGACCAGGCUGCUAUCUAGUGACAAACCAAAUAACUGUGGGACCAUGAUGCUAUCUAGUAACAAACCAGGUCACUGUGGGACCAAGCUGCUAUCUAGUAACAAACCAAGUCACUGGGGGCUCCCUGCUAUUUAGUAACAAACCAGGUCACUGUGGGACCAAGCUGCUAUCUAGUAACAAACCAAGUCACUGGGGGCUCCCUGCUAUUUAGUGACAAACCAAGUCAAUGGGGGACCAGGCUGCUAUCUAGUGACAAACGAAGUCAAUGGGGGACCAGGCUGCUAUCUAGUGACAAAUCAAGUCAAUGGGGGACCAGACUGCUAUCUAGUGACAAACCAAAUAACUGUCGGACCAAGAUGCUAUCUAGUAACAAACCAAGUCACUGGGGGACCAGGCUGCUAUAUAGUGACAAACCAAGUCAAUGGGGGACCAGGCUGCUAUCUAGUGACAAGCCAAGUCAAUGGGGGACCAGCCUGCUAUCUAGUGACAAACCAAGUCACUGGGGGACAGGGCUGCUAUCUAGUGACAAAUCAAGUCACUGGGGGACCAGGCUGCUAUCUAGUAACAAACCAAGUCACUGGGGCUCCCUGCUAUUUAGUGUCAAACCAAGUCACUGUGGGACCAGGCUGCUAUCUAGUGACAAACCAAAUAACUGUGGGACCAAGAUGCUAUCUAGUAACAAACCAAGUCAAUGGGGGACCAGGCUGCUAUCUAGUGACAAACCAAGUCAAUGGGGGACCAGCCAGCUAUCUAGUGACAAACCAAAUAACUGUCGGACCAAGAUGCUAUCUAGUAACAAACCAAGUCAAUGGGGGACCAGGCUGCUAUUUAGUAACAAACCAGGUCACUGUGGGACCAAGCUGCUAUCUAGUAACAAACCAAGUCACUGGGGGCUCCCUGCUAUUUAGUGACAAACCAAGUCAAUGGGGGACCAGGCUGCUAUCUAGUGACAAACCAAGUCAAUGGGGGACCAGGCUGCUAUCUAGUGACAAAUCAAGUCAAUGGGGGACCAGACUGCUAUCUAGUGACAAACCAAAUAACUGUCGGACCAAGAUGCUAUCUAGUAACAAACCAAGUCACUGGGGGACCAGGCUGCUAUCUAGUGACAAACCAAGUCAAUGGGGGACCAGGCUGCUAUCUAGUGACAAACCAAGUCAAUGGGGGACCAGCCUGCUAUCUAGUGACAAAUCAAGUCACUGGGGGACCAGGCUGCUAUCUAGUGACAAACCAAGUCAAUGGGGGACCAGGCUGCUAUCUAGUGACAAGCCAAGUCAAUGGGGGACCAGCCUGCUAUCUAGUGACAAACCAAGUCACUGGGGGACAGGGCUGCUAUCUAAUGACAAAUCAAGUCACUGGGGGACCAGGCUGCUAUCUAGUAACACACCAAGUCACUGGGGCUCCCUGCUAUUUAGUGUCAAACCAAGUCACUGUGGGACCAGGCUGCUAUCUAUUGACAAACCAAAUAACUGUGGGACCAAGAUGCUAUCUAGUAACAAACCAAGUCAAUGGGGGACCAGGCUGCUAUCUAGUGACAAACCAAGUCAAUGGGGGACCAGCCAGCUAUCUAGUGACAAACCAAAUAACUGUCGGACCAAGAUGCUAUCUAGUAACAAACCAAGUCAAUGGGGGACCAGGCUGCUAUUUAGUAACAAACCAGGUCACUGUGGGACCAAGCUGCUAUCUAGUAACAAACCAAGUCACUGGGGGCUCCCUGCUAUUUAG